AUGUCACUGAUUCGUGUCUCCCGCCACAAUCGAUCCUUCUUCGUCUCCUUCACGCGCCGCCUUCACGUCGCUUCUUCCGACGGAACAGUCUCCGCUUCUUCCCCGUCGCGGCUCCGAGACCAUUACAAUUUUCAACCACCACCACCGCCUUUAUCGUCAACCUCCGAGGUUCCAAACCCUAGCAAUAAGAAGAAGCCGAAGCCGCAAUACCGUCCACCUUCGUCUCUUGAAGGUGUGAAGAAGGUUCACUCCGAUCUCCCUUUCGAUUUCCGGUUCAGUUACUCGGAGAGUAGCUCCAAUGUGAGGCCGAUUGGACUGAGAGAACCCAAGUACUCGCCGUUUGGUCCUGAUCGAUUGGACCGGGAAUGGACCGGUGUCUGUGCACCGGCGGUGGACCCGAAGGUGGAGUCGGUGGAUGGAGUUGAGGAUCCGAAGCUGGAAGAGAAAAGGAAGAAAGUGAGGGAGAAGAUCCAAGGUGCUUCCCUCACUGAAGCUGAAAGGAAGUUUCUGGUUGAGAUUUGUCAGAGGAACAAAACUAAAAGGCAAAUCAAUCUCGGGAGAGAUGGCUUGACUCACAAUAUGCUGAAUGAUAUCUAUAAUCAUUGGAAACAUGCUGAAGCAGUUCGAGUCAAAUGUCUUGGAGUCCCAACUCUCGAUAUGAAGAACGUUAUCUUCCACCUUGAGGAUAAAACGUUUGGACAGGUUGUUUCUAAACACUGCGGUACCCUUGUGCUAUAUAGAGGGCGGAACUACGAUCCCAAGAAAAGGCCCAAGAUUCCAUUGAUGUUGUGGAAACCUCAUGAACCCGUGUACCCUCGGCUGAUUAAAACAACAAUUGAUGGUCUAAGCAUCGAAGAGACCAAAGCAAUGAGAAAGAAAGGACUAGCGGUUCCUGCCCUGACAAAACUCGCCAAGAAUGGCUAUUACGGUAGUCUUGUUUCGAUGGUGAGAGAUGCUUUCCUCGUGAGUGAGCUGGUACGAAUUGAUUGCUUGGGACUUGAAAAAAAGGAUUACAAGAAGAUUGGAGCAAAGCUUAGAGAUUUGGUCCCUUGCAUUCUGGUGACAUUUGACAAGGAGCAGGUCGUGAUUUGGAGAGGUAAAGACUAUAAGCCACCCGAAGACGAAGGUGAGUAUCCGUCCUUGAUUCAUCGCAAAUCAUCCAUAGAGUCCGAUGCCGGUUUAUGUAGUAGAGAGGAUUAA